ACAUCCAAAGCCGUAAGUGUCUAAACAAAAUGUCAUUCAUAGUUGAAGUUAAAGUCUAAAAUUUUUAAUUUUUUUUGCUAUUAAAAUAAUUCGCGUUUUUUCAAAUUUGCCAUAUUCCAUUUCAAUUUGGGUGUAUUACUUUUGAAAUUUUACCGUGAAAAAAUUAUUACGAAUUUAUUUAUAUUAUAAUUCCAGAAUGAAUGAAUACCUCGUUGCCACACUUGAUAAAUUGCGAACGAAAAACUAUGCCAAUGUAAACAUUGUCAUAGGCAAUGAGAGUUGUGACUUAGAUUCUUCUGUAAGCGCUAUUGUCUAUGCCUGUUUUUUGUACUGGCAAAGCAAGCAGAUAAAAUGCAACGAGUCUAUGAACGUGAACAGGGACGAACAGACGAAAUAUGAUAUUUUUAUACCAAUAUUGAAUGUAAACAGAGAAGAUUUUGCAUUGAAAACUGAAGUCACAUAUUUAUUGAAGACUCAUGGUAUUGAUAAAAACGUUUUGGUGUUUAGGGACGACUAUGAUCUGAAGGGACUACUAGCAAAUACCAAUUCAAAGGUGACCCUCGUCGACCAUCAUGUACUGAGCACGAAGGAUCAGUUCUUAGCACCGUUUGUAACAGAGAUCAUAGAUCACAGACCGUUGGACAAGACCGGCUGGACAUAUAAUGAUAGUGCUCACUCCACAAUAGAAGUAGUCGGAUGCUGUUGCACGCUAGUAGCUCAAAGGAUUAAAGAUUUGUCCUCUCCAAUUGCUAAAGAUUUGGAUUUUUUUAAUGCCUACCCAGUGUGCAGUGAUAUGUUACAUUCCACCAUAAUACUGGACACGAUCAACUUGUCGAAAACUUUCAAUAAAGCAACGCCCCAUGACGUGAAGAUUCUAUUGUUUCUAGAGAGCUUAAUCAAACCUGCAGAUUAUGAAAAUUAUAGGAAGGGUAAGCUGGAGAGGUUGACGAAUGCCCGCAGCGAUGUCUCAGAGCUGACCGCCGCACAACUCCUGAGGAAGGAUCUGAAAAUAGUGGGCGAGGUUCUAGUGCCCACCUUUCCCAUAUUAGUACAGGAAUUCCUCGAAAGGCCAGACGCACUGGAAGCGUUGCAAACGACUUUAACGCAACGAAGCUGCAACUUAGCCGUGCUGCUUGGCAUGCACCUCAAGGGUCCAAUGAGGAGGGACGUGGCUGUAUACUCGGCGGAUACCACGAGGGCUACAAGAUUAUCAAGAUUUCUGCAAGACUGGACCGGUCCGGCCUUCGGCCUUAGUUCUCCUGGCAGCGACAGUCGCUACAUUUAUUUCACGCAAAGCAACCUAUCGGCAACCAGAAAACAAUACGUACCGGCCAUUCAGGCGUUUUUAAAUAUUAAAAAUUGAUAAGCCAAGGCGGAGCACCAUUGAAGGGUGAUCGAUGAGAAUGAAAACAGGCUAGUUAGCCCAUCAUGAUGAAUUCAUCAGGAAUUAACUAUGAUAGUUUCCAGGGGGAACCGCGAGGAGGUCGACCUGGUUGGGUAUAUUGCUAGCAGUGGGAUUCUCAGUCUCCAUUACUAACAAUCCCAUUCCCCCCAUUAUCACCCAUUAAAAAAAAUAGUCAAUACACUAACUGAAAAAUGAAAUAAAACAAAAAUUAAGAAAUAUCUAUUUUAAUGUAAAUAUUAAACGAUGUCGGAGCAAAUAGUCAAUAUAUCUACGGAGCAAAUAAUCUGAGGGCCUACCAUGAAAUAUUUUCCGAAAUUUCGGGCACGAACGAAACAGAAAUUUGAUGCUAAAAUUACAUAAUACAUGCCGUUUAAAAUUAUUAAAAAUGUUAAAAUAUCGUUCCUUUAGUCUAUUAGGAUAGGAUUUAUGAUGAACGAAAUGUUAAGCUCCAUUUACUGAGUCGAAUUUGGUACGAACAAAAACACAAAAUUGAGCCCGAAAAUUCGGAUUUCCGUUUCAUGGUAGACCACAUGCUUACAAAUAAUAAAUUAUUUAUAAGUACAUAAACUCUAAAUAAAUGUGAUUUCGCAUCAAAACUAA